ACCAAGGGACACAGUCACUAAACUGACAAAUUUAAUCUAACCCCAGCUUUUUUGAGUGUGAGGAGAGAGGACACACAGUGGAUUGAUAAAUAGUGGAAUGUUUUGGAAAGUUGCUGUCGCAGUUUUGUUUCUAGAAGGAUUUUUCUUUUAAAUGCAAAUUUGCAGUUCAAAUACCCGGUGUCAGCUUUAUUGAGGAACUAGCAGUUUGAGCAUCCUGUCACAAGACCAGUGUGAGUUUGAGCAGCCAAGGCUGUAACGUAAAGCUAAAGAGAAGUUAACAUGUCGGACUCCCUGGUUGUGUGUGAGGUGGAUCCCAAGCUUCUGGAGCGCCUGAAGAAGUUCCGAUUCCGCAAGGAGACGACCAAUGCCGCGAUCAUCAUCAAAGUUGAUAAAGAAAACCAGCAGAUGGUACUGGAGGAAGAGCAUGAGGACAUUUCUCCAGAUUCGCUAAGGAAUGAACUACCAGAGAGACAGCCUCGAUUUAUUGUUUAUAGCUAUAAGUACGUGCAUCAGGACAAGAGGGUGUCCUACCCUUUGUGCUUGAUUUUCAGCAGCCCCCAGGGAUGUAAUCCCCAGCAGCAGAUGAUGUACGCUGGGAGUAAGAACAGACUGGUACAAAUUGGAGAGCUCACCAAGGUGUUUGAAAUUCGGAAUAUUGAUGAGCUGACUGAAGAUUGGUUGUGUGAGAAACUGGCAUUCUUUCGCUGAAGAUGUGAGUCUUGCCAUGGCUCUUUAAGACUGUUUAAUUCAAAAAAUUUUAUUGCUAUGUCAAGUGAUAUUAAACAAAUUUCACAUUU